GAAAUGCUGUCCUUCGGGGAUGUGGCCAUUGAUUUCUCUCCAGAAGAGUGGGAACUUCUGGAGCCUGCUCAGUGGAAUCUGUACAGGGACGUGAUGCUGGAGAAUUACAGCAACCUUGUGUUCCUGGGUCUUGCUGACUCUAAGCCACAGCUGGUGACAUUUCUGGAGCAAAGACAAGCAUCUCCCCGUGUGAAGAGACAAGCAGUAAGAACAGUGUUUCCAGGUCAGUACGAAAGAGGAGGUCUGAGCAAAGUUGAGGUGCAGUGAUCCAACAGAAAGCUUAGCUUUCCCAUGUACCUUGACACAUGAUGUUGUCAAGAAAAUCUUAGGUCUUCCUUCUUCUCUUGGUUUCAGGAAAGGACAUCUCUGGGAUGUUUAUGGUGGUUUAAGUGUCUUGA